AUGGGGUUCUUAGGGUUCGCGCGGCUUCUUGCCAGAGAUAAUGUCUUGGCGCCUGAAAGAGACGCUGCUAAUCCUACGGAAGUCAAAUGGCAAGUUGUCUGGUGGGCUCUCGUCCCGCUGGCUCUGGGAGCCAUGAUACAACCCUGCGGGAGAGUUCUGGGCCAAGAGCAUAAAUCAUUCCGUUUCUAUGCCCGCAUGUCGCCGUUUAUUUGCAUCGCCGACACCGCACACUUCCUCGUCGCAAUCAUACGCGCCACUUGUAGCUCCGCGCCGCGUUAUGACAUCGAGCGUCUCUUCGUUAUCCGCUUUAAGGAUGAAGACAGAGACACUAAGAGCGUCGAAACCUCGAUUCUACUGCGGUUGGCCUUGUUGUUUGUCAGCGGGAUUCCGUGUCAGACGAUCAAGCUAGUCGGAAUGCAGGGCAUCCCUUGGACGAAAGCUAUCGCGCUCAUGUUCUUCAUCUCCAUUGUCUUCGGGGAGGCGAUUAUCUUCAUUGCCCAUCACCUCGAUCUUCCUAUACUCGUCCCUCCAUCGAGCACCUACAAUUCUUUCGAUUACGAACCUCGGCGGCGACGGGGCAACCCACUACGUCCCAUAUUAGGUCCCGUAACAUAUAUCUUCAGACUCGGACAAGUCCCCACUGCAAACGGUCACUGGCUGGUUUCCUUUGCACUUGGUAUCCAGACUGCCACCAACACAUCUACAAUAUGUGGCCUGAUUUCCCGCGCUAGAGAGGGCAAUCGAUUGAUCAUAUUGUUACAAGCUUCCUGGGCCUUUUCAGCUAUACUGAUAACUUCUGGACUAUUUCUGAAAAUCUUUCCAGGGGCCAAGAAAUAUUACCUCGAAAUGUUCUUUUUUCAGGUGAAAGCUUGGUGCUUGCUCAUGCUUAUCUCGGGUUUAUUUGCGACCACAACUAAUCCUCUUUUGGACCGGAUGUACAGGGGCUGGAUAUACAAUGGUGAUAUCUGGCUUCUCACGGUCGGCUGUGUGGUGGUCGUGGCCUUUGCACACAUACUUAACAGUCUCCUUCCCGCAGUGAUAAUACCAUUCUGGAUCGACGACAGCCACAUAAAAGCCUUAUUUCGGAUCGGGACUAUUCGGCAAUGUCAGGUGGCAGUUAUGUGUAUCUUCACGUUACCAAUUAGCAUCCUCGGUUACUGUUUUCUUUAUGACCCGGCGGGAACUGUAAACCCAGGCUGGACCGGAGUGUUCGGAUAG